CCUCCCUCACCGUCUCUCUUUUCGCCCACGAUCCCAGCAAUUGUUGCUGCCUGUUUGCUUGUCCCUCGCUGAACUCGUGCGGUGCUUGUUUCCCGCCUGCGAUCCCGUCCAAUCUGGGGAUAUUUAUUCGCCGUUGCUUGACUUCUGAAGGAUAAAUACUAUUUCCCUUUCCACACCGCAUUCUUUAUCGCAGGCCCAAUUGCUGUCAAAAUGGCUCAAGUGAACUUGGAGCAGGAGGACCACGUUCGUGAUGCCGAGUUCAACCGUAUUCUCCACGGCAAGUCCUCUGAAGCUCGUGGUGGCUUCGCUGCCAUGCGCAACAAAGAUGCCGCAGCACAGAAGGCCGCUGUGGACGAAUACUUCAAGCAUUGGGACAACAAGUCUGCUGAGGAGGAGACUGAGGAGAUCCGCGCAGCCAGAAGAGCGGAAUAUGCAACCCUAACCAGGCAUUACUACAACCUUGCGACGGAUUUUUACGAGUACGGAUGGGGUACUUCUUUCCAUUUCUGCCGCUUCUUCUCCGGUGAACCUUUCCUUCAGGCUAUUGCCCGCCACGAACACUACCUUGCCCUCCAGAUGGGUCUCAAGGCUGGCAUGAAGGUGCUGGAUGUUGGAUGUGGUGUAGGCGGUCCUGCUCGCGAAAUUGUCAAGUUCACCGGCGCCAAUGUCGUUGGCCUCAACAACAAUGACUAUCAGAUCCAGCGUGCCACUCGCUACGCCGAGCGAGAAGGCCUGUCGGACAAACUCAGCUUCACCAAGGGUGACUUCAUGCAGAUGAGCUUCCCCGACAACAGCUUUGAUGCUGUCUAUGCUAUCGAGGCGACGGUCCAUGCCCCCGAUCUCGAGGGUGUAUAUCGCGAGAUCUUCCGGGUUCUCAAGCCCGGCGGUAUCUUCGGUGUUUACGAGUGGCUCAUGACCGAUGCUUACGAUAACGACAAUGCCGAACACCGUAAGAUCAGAUUGGGAAUUGAACAGGGUGACGGUAUCUCGAACAUGGUCAAGGUCUCGGAGGGUCUGUCUGCCUUUAAGAAUGCUGGUUUCGAGCUCCUCCAUAACGAAGACUUGGCCGAUCGCGACGAUCCCGUGCCUUGGUACUAUCCCCUGGCCGGUUCCUUCAAGUAUCUGACAUCCCCGUGGGACUUUUUGACGAUUGCCCGGAUGACAUGGUGGGGCCGUGGCCUCGCUCAUCGCUUCGUUGGUGCUAUGGAGCGUCUCCACAUCUUCCCUCAAGGAUCUCAGAAGACUGCUGACAGCCUGGCCCUUGCUGGCGACUGCCUCGUGGCCGGAGGAGAGAAGAAGUUGUUCACUCCGAUGUACCUCAUGGUUGGACGCAAACCCGAGUAAUUUGUGAAUAACUUUCUUCUGGGUCUCUUGCUUUUGCUUUCCUGUGGCCUAUUGGCAUUUUCAAAACGGAAAAAAAUUCUCUUUGUGGAUUGCUUUAUUAUGUUCGCAUUCCUAUAUUGUCCUUGUUUAUCUUCUACCUUUUUUUAUUCUAUUUCCUGACCGCCAUGAUGCUAUGCUUAUAUUGAUAUUCUCCCAUUUCACGUCCUGCUUAGGGCGGUGCACACACUGAGUGUAUCGAGUAUGAUAGCUCUUGUCUCACAUUAUACACUGUAAUGAAUAUGCCAUAGCCUGCUGAUCAAGGCUUAAUAGAAAGGAGCUCAUCCAUGAUUUCUCUGGAACUAGGAUCCUG